CGAUAUUUAACCUGCGCCGCCGCUUCGGUGCCGAGUCUGGGCGUACGGUCCAAGCAGUACCGGCAGCCGGAACACCAACACCAACACCUGGACUGUAGCAGCACCAGCACCGGACGCCGACCGAGGGCAGCGGUACCGGCAGAAGUGACACUGGGAGUAGGAGCGGGGCCAGGAAGCGGCAACGCCGGCUGCGAAGCAGAAGCGGGAACGGGAGCAGAAUCGGCGCCGUCCGGAGAGCCGCUCACGGAAGAAGCUGUUUGACAUUGUCCGAUCCAUGCCUCGGGUGGCUCAGCCGCUGCCAGCCGUCUAGAUACCGGGUGGCAGGGAGCGGCGGCGUUGCCAUGGAGAUGGUCUGCCGGCCGGGCUGAGCGGGCAGCGGCGGCACUCGGUGCGGGAGCCGAGGGGACAGGCGGCGACACAGAGCGGAGGGGCCAGCUAAUCCCGCAGCACAACCUCAGCACGCCCAGUGCGUCCCCGUCACUCGCUGCACACUUCGUGCUAUUAAAAGUAUCCGCGUGCUGGUCCCGCUGACUAUUUAUAAACCUCUGGGAUCUGGACUGGCCCGUUUAAGUCAUGGAGCCGCCGCAGUGUUUCCUGAGCUGUCUAUGUGUGUUACUCCUUCAGCACGGCCUCUGUCAACCGUACUUGCACCUCCGGCCGGUGCCCAGUGACAGUCUCCCUGUCCUGGACAUCAUCGAGCAACCGGACCCGGACAACGACCCCAAGGACAGCGACCUGGACGAGCGCGCUCUGCGGAGGCGGCUCGGCAGCCACUUCGACCCCAGCUUCAUGUCCAUCACCCUGCCCGAGGUGGACGCGUCCGUGUCCCGGGAGUCCGGCCACAGGUUCAAGCCCCUGGGCGCGCUGCCCAACGAUAUCAAGAGACUGGAUUUGUCCGAGACCCCUUACGGCAGGCGGAUGAAGCUGGGGAAAAAGGCGAGGCGGAGACUGCAGCAAUGGUUAUGGUCUUACACUUACUGUCCGGUGAUGUACACUUGGAAGGACCUCGGAGGUCGUUUCUGGCCGCGAUUUGUGAAAGAAGGGAACUGCUAUAACGAGAGGUCCUGUUCAUUCCCGGAAGGAAUGCUCUGUAAACCUGUCAAAUCCAUCAGCAAGACGUUCUUAAGAUGGUACUGCCAGGGAUGGUCCAAGCCGCGGUACUGCACGUGGAUACCUGUGCAGUACCCAGUUAUUUCUGAGUGCAAGUGUGCCUGCUGAAUGCGGACGGACCGGUGACUCGACACACGCACAGAUGGUCUAUAGUAUAACAACGCCUAUAGUCAAAUCUAUUUUUAUAUAUCGCAUUCUAAAGAAGCCCCAGCUUUGUAUCUAUAUUAACACAGAGAUUUUACGCUGCAGAAAAUCUUGGGAUUAUUGGAGGAGAGCGAACGGACCAUAAUUCAGCCCUGAUCGGAGAGACUGGCACAGUUUCCGGAGUUCCGAUGGUGCCAUGUGCCGAGAUAUUUUUUGUAAUAUAAUUAUUAUUAUAAAAAGUUGAGGUGAAGAUAUUACAGAGUGAAUCUCAGCUUUCCAAUACAUAGAGUUAGAAGAGUAAAAAACGUGUCAAUUAUUUAUUUCUUUACCGUUUGUUGAUAAUUAACUAGACGAUAUCGUGGCAUUGGAGAUGUUUACUUGAAUAUACUUUCUAAACAAAACAUAUCAAUGUAAAUAUAAUGG